UAUACCUGUUCCUGAAUAUGGAGAAAGCGACCAUCAAAGGUAAACAUAUACAUAGACUGGUUUGGUUUAAUGGUACGAAUACACAAUAACGCGAAAAAUUGAGCAAGAACUCUUUAUUCAGAAAGGAAAAUGUGAAUUUUAAAUCAAUGGAUAGUUAAUGGUUAAAAGGGACAUUUGGAACGCAGGGAUCUUCACAGUCAAAAAGCAACGAAAAUCGAUAGGUCGACUGGCUUAAUAUACCUAUUUUCCUAUGAAGGCGAAAUGGUUUGGAUUAAAAGUAUCAUUGCUGCAGCUUGCAUCUUUUACCUUCAUUUACAACGAGCAAGUGGAGCAAUUUGUGUCAGUAACUCAAGCAGGAGCAUUAAUGAUGCAAUAAAAUGCAUCAAAACUGGUUAUGAUAAAGUUCAACGUCCAAAUGUCACAGGUGGUGGUGCACUUCGUAUUGAGGUCGACGUUGUCGUAAUAUCUGUAGGCAGUUUGGAUGAUAUUAACAUGCAAUUCAGUGUSGAAUUUUACAUGCGMCAAAAGUGGAUGGACCCUUUGCUAAAGUACAAUGCRUCCUCACUGGGUCCCAAUAUGGCUUAUGCAACCCUUAACCAUCACUUGGUGAAAUACCUUUGGCUGCCUGACACCUAUAUUGAGAACUUAAAGUCUUUAAGGAUAGUGUUUGGCGAGAGUGGGCCAUUCAUUAAUCAGGGGUUUAGGCUCUAUCCAAAUGGAACGAUACACUUGAGUUCAAGCAUCAGUUCAACCUUGUCAUGCAGAAUGCGUUUUGAGGAUUUUCCAAUGGACAAGCAAGUGUGUUAUAUUACUAUUUCAAGCUAUUUUUUCACUGACAGUGUACUGUCUUAUCAAUGGGGAGAGCUGUCUAAUUUCAAAGGAAUCCUGAAGACCAAUCAGUUUGACAUAAUUGGGAUUGAAAAAGUCAGAUAUCUGUUGAACUACUCUUCAGGAAACUACAGCACACUCCGAGCAGCUUUCAAAUUUCGUCGUCGAAUACAAACCUUUCUUCUUGGAUUCUACAUUCCCUCAAUCCUAACCGUCAUGCUCUCGUGGGUGUCCUUUUAUAUCAGUCCUCACUCUGCGCCUGCGCGUAGUGCUCUGGGAAUCAUCACUGUUUUAGCGAUUGGUGGAUUUCUUACUGGUCAACGAAGUUCAUUCCCCAUCGUGUCAUAUGUAAUGGCCGCUGACUUGUACAUWCUGACUUGUUAUAUAUUCGCCGCUAUGGCUCUGUUAGAGUACGCUGUUGUUCAUUACUUGGCUGUUUAUGAAUCACAGACGACCACGACAAAGAGUGAGAAGAGCAAAGAAAUUGGUCAAACGAACGACAUUGACAUCGAUGAAGAUGAAUACAAGCCAACAAUCAAUGGCAGCAUCGAAAUGAAAACAAUAAACAAAACAUCAACUCAACCUACCGACAAUAACGUMAUUUCCUUACCACCAAGUAGCUCUAACGAACCGGAAAUACGUCACGAGAAUUGCGUUUGGAAGAUAUUAAAGGCUUUCUUUACGUCRCCUUGUAGAGCUUUCCAAAUGAUAAAGCAAGAUGCGCUAAUCAUUGACAAGAUCUCAAGAGUCUGUUUCCCACUGGGAUUUUUAGUAUUUAACGCCAUAUAUUGGGUCUAUUAUAAAUUAGAAUAUGAUACCAACGAAAUUUGAUGUCCACAAAGAGCUGCUUCUGGAGAAUUUUCGCUCCGCGUUUUUCAAAAUUUGCAUCGAAUGACCACCUGGCAUAACACUUGCAGUUGAAAAUGGUGGAGCGAUUUCACCGUAAAGUCCACGUUGCCAAACCACACAGUUUCCUUGCCUAUUGGACAUGACCUUGACCUCGCGGUAACGCAUAUGCAUAGAUUGCCGACCUCAUUCCCAGGCCCUUAUCACUUUGCUUGGUGUCAGAGAAGGGAUAAGAGUCCUGGGAACGAGGUUGAUAGAUUGCUAUAGCUUUAAAUAAUAUAAUUUUCAAGAUAUACCUUYAAAAGGAAAUUUGCAAUGCAAAAUUACUAAUGGUAAUGGUAAUGGUAUCUGAUUAAUCAUGAUCACGAGGAAUUGUAAAUAAAAUAAUAAAUCUGGUUUACGCUGAACUGUCAAAACUAUCGCGAAUGUACAAAAAUUACAUGUUUAAGUCAGCAUCUUCUUAUAUUUCCUUUAUCUCCUACCCCGAUCUGUGUCUCCUUUUCUUUUCAAUGAUGAUCUUAAGCUUUUAUAUACCUU